GUCCGGCGGGUGACCCGGAAGCGGAAGCGCCGUCCCCGGGCGGCCUCUGUCAGGGCUCCGGAGCGGAGGCUGCCUUGGUUUUUUUGAGGGGGGGGGGCGGGAGCAGCAUGAGCACCAUGUUCGCCGACACGGUGCUCAUCGUCUUCAUCUCCGUCUGCACGGCGCUGCUCGCCGAGGGUGCUGCUGGGGGUCCUCAGACACAGCCCCCCACCCAUCAUCACCAUGGCAUCACUUGGGUACUGGUGUACAGGACGGACAAAUACAAGAGGCUAAAAGCCGAGGUGGAAAAACAGAGCAAAAAAUUGGAAAAGAAGAAAGAAACCAUCACCGAGUCAGCUGGCCGUCAGCAGAAGAAGAAAAUAGAGAGGCAAGAGGAGAAACUGAAAAACAACAACAGGGACCUCUCGAUGGUUCGAAUGAAAUCCAUGUUUGCCAUUGGUUUCUGCUUCACCGCCCUGAUGGGAAUGUUCAACUCCAUAUUUGACGGGCGGGUGGUGGCCAAGCUGCCCUUCGUGCCCCUGAGCUACAUCCAGGGGCUGUCUCACCGCAACCUGCUCGGGGAAGACUACACGGACUGCUCCUUCAUCUUCCUCUACAUCCUCUGCACCAUGUCCAUCCGGCAGAACAUCCAGAAGAUGCUGGGCCUGGCCCCGUCCCGCGCCGCCUCCAAGCAGGCCGGGGGCUUCCUGGGACCGCCCCCGCAGGCCGCCAAGUUCUCCUGAGACCUCGCCCGCCGUCCGGACCCUCCCGGCUCCGCGCCGGGGGACGAGGGACCCUGCCCCCCACGGUUGGGGCCUCCGUCGGCCCGUCGGAAUCGAAAUAAAAGCCGACCGGUCAUCCGGACGACCCAC